AUGACGAAAAUAACCAGAGAUGUUUCGAUAACGACAGAAAAUUCAAAAUCCACAUCUGGAUCGGCAACGGCUUCAUCCGCAUCUUUACCUGAGAACGACCACCCAAUAUUCCAUCAACCGCGAGCAAGAAUAAGAUCUGGUUCGCUGUUCAUCGAAGGAUCUGAUUCAUUUCCAUCAUCAGAAGUGAAGUCAUACAAUGUUUAUAUUGAUGAUAGCAAGUAUAGUGAAAUCCUCAAAGGAGAUACAAAUUCAAGUAGUACUGAUGGUAAACAAGUCUUUGAAGAUGCUAGAGAUGACAAUUUCCAUCAGGAAUCACAUAGAGAUCUAGAGGAUUCAAUUUUAGAUUUAGUACGACGAGAUCCAGAAGUAGCAGCAUUCCCUUUACCUCCGCCAAAUUCAAAUGAGAGGAACAGAAAUUCCUCAAACGGGUCUUCCGCUGAAACUAACCUAAAUGGACACAGCAGCAGCGGUACCAUCUCUACUUCGGUGCUGUUGAAUAUGGGUUCGGCAGAAAAGCACGCUGGGACGACCAGAGGAGAUCAUAUGGAAUCAUCUUCAAUGAAAUCCUUCGAGAAACUGGGAACCAGACCUUCUUCUUUAUUCUAUCCACCACCCGAAGGAACUGCGCCGUACCAGGGACCAAGGGCUACCGUCUCCGGAAAUAAGUCUACAAGGCAAACACAAGGUACAUACUCAUUUCCUUCUAUGCGGUAUGGUGUAGAUCUUGUUUCUCCUGUGGAAGGGGCUGUUGAUGUAGCAAAAAGCAGAGUUCCUAACAGCACGCUAAAUGGUACUUUUCCCGAUAAAGCGUUUAUCCCACAUGAAUUUCAAAUUCCUAAAAAGGCCUGGAACAGAAUACCAGCGAAUAAGUCCACUAGCCUCAAAACCCCAAGAAACCAUUCCCUAUUAAUUGACAUAUUAAAGCCUUUUGAAGCAGCUGACCUUGCUAAUGACCAGCGAAGUUCUUCCGCUGUUUUAAAAAAUACAGUGCAUUCUAAUGGGCAGUAUAAUCCAACUAAUGAAACCUCUGGAACUCGAAUGCAAGAUCAAAGGCAGAAGAAUACCAACGAAAUUGAUUUAGAGAAAAUUCCUAAUCCUCAAGUCCCUCUUGGUAUCGCAAUGGACACCAUGCGUAGUCCAAACCAACUACACGAAAAGGAAUACGAAAGUAAUAUAGAAGCUGGUUUAGCUUCUGGGGUCGGAAAAGGUGACAAUAGUAUUAAGCAACAUCAAUAUAAAAAAAUUCCUCAAGAAAUUGAUCGAGAUCAGCAAUUAAGUUUUCAAAUGGAAACAAUGCCCAUUCAAAGAAUAGAUUCCUCCUCCAUACGUUCAUUUGAUUCCCGAAUAUAUGGCUUCUCCGAGAUUUAUAGUAUUCCAAGGGUUAUAACUACACUGUGCAUCUGCCUUUUUGUUCCGCCCUUAUUCUUUUUCUUUUCAAUCAAUGGAAAUAAUGGCGUUUCAAAUUAUAGAUUAAUGAGAAUGAUAAUGAAUUAUGAACAUAGAAUCGGCCUCCUCAAAGGGUUUGAAUGGGACAUUGACGUACAAUGGUUCAGGACAUUGUGCUUUGUAUUAGGAUGUAUAGAGAUGUUAGCUAUCUUUGCUAGCAUAGGAAUAGGAUUUGGUGUGGGAAUAAUAAGAGAGUAA